AUGUCAGCUUAUGUCAAUGUUGGGAGCAGGGGCAUGGUCAGAGAAGAAGUUGUAAGGAUGGGAGAAAGAGUUCCAUACAGCGGUGGAGAAAUAUCAGUCUCUCAGAUAGAGUUCGAGUACAAUUUAAUAGAGCAGAUCAUAGAAGAGUUCAAGAAUGUUUUAGCCGAGGCAUGGUCGGAAGAAAAGGAGUCCAAAUAUAUGAAGGAAUUUGGGGCACAAAGGGCGAUGAACUUUGGAUGGCCAAAUGUUUAUGUUUUCACAAAAGCAAUUGGAGAGUUGAUGGUGGAUUACUUCCGAGAAUAUAUACCAACGGUUAUCAUUCGUCCAACAAUAAUCGAGAGUUGUAUUAAAGACCCACUUCCGGGAUGGAUGGAAGGCAACAGAAUGAUUGACCCUGUGAUUAUUGGAUAUGGAAAGGGGCGAAUCUCAUUCUUCCUGGCUGCUCCCCAACUAGUGCUAGAUGUAAUUCCGGUGGACGUGGUUGCUAAUUGCAUGAUAGCAUCGAUAGCGAGGAAUGCGUCACAGUCGGGUCUAUCUGUCUAUCAUGUAGCUUCCUCAAAUAUGAACCCAUUGAAGUACAAUGUGAUUGUGGAUGCUAGUUAUAACUACUUUUCAGCACAUCCGUGCACAUCUAGGAAUGGGAGGAUCGUACUCUACAUUGUGGAUAAGCUUCUGUUGGGCUACUUUAGGCUGCAACCGCUCUACACUCUUCUGCUUGAGAAGUACAAAUUUGCAUUGAAGCUCGCUCAAAUCUAUGAACCCUUUCUUUUCUUCAAGGGAACGUUUGAUAUCUCAAACAUGGAAGAUUUGUGGAACAAAAUGUCAGAGAGAGAUCAAGAGAAUUUCAACUUUGAUGUUAAGAGCAUAGACUGGAAACGCUAUUUCAUGAAUUGUCAUAUUCCUGGACUUGUAAAAUAUGUUAUGAGAGGAUGA